AUGAGCCUGCUGCGGAAAGGCGGAUUAAUUGCAAGCGGGGCGAGGUACAUAAGGACGGGGAAAUUUAAAGACCCAAUAAGUUACAAACAGGUGGUGAGUGAAAAAAAGGAGGAUCGGAAAAAAGAAGUGGAGAACAUCAGGGAGAACCAAAUAAAGUUCUUAGAGCUUCUCCAUUUGGGUAAUCUAAAAACGCCGCAACCGAAGAAGUGGUCGAAAAGGAGGGUACAAAAUGGGGAUUACGUCAGUGGGAAGGCCCCCACGGGUGGAGGUACAAGUGGAGGCACAGGUGGGGGGCGAAGUGACACCGAACCGAGUGCAUACCACCGCGAUACCUUCACAAACAGGCUUAAAAAAAAGGCACUUCAAAGGAGAGUGUUGGGAAAAGAAGGCAAGCUGAAGGAAGACCAAACGGAGGACUCCUCUCAGGAAAGAAAGAGUGAUCUCACCAACGGAAGUAAAACCGAUUAUGAAGACAACCAACGUAGUGGUAGUCUAACACAAUCACAUCUCCCAGACAGCAUUAGCGACAUCUUUUUGGAGAGAAAAACGACGCUCAAGAAAAAAAUCCACCUGAUGAAUUUUUCCGUCACAAACAGUUACGUAAGUAAGAAGUAUCACAUAGAGGUGAAAAACGACCCCUCUGAGAAUCGAUUUAGCAUAUCAGAACUGAAAUCGAUUGGGCUGUUUGAUGAGCUGGAAAUGGGCCACGGUAAGAGGGAUGCGCCAGACGUGGCCACCCCGGGUGCGCUUUCCCACGCCAGUGCAAACGGCCAAACAGAGGGAACGACCAACGCGCAUAACUCACAGAUGUCUAGUCAAAACCAACAAAAUAAGCAAAAAGUUAUGAGAAAGAUCUACAAGGCGUCCAUAAACCACGUGCGGGAUGAAAACCUGUGGAAGAAAUACGUCCAAAAUACGUUCAUCAUAUCGGGGUACUUAGACGCAAGCGAUAUAGUCAUCCUGUUUUGGUGCUUUGGGAAAAUCGGCUACAGAGAUAACAGGCUAAUAAAUUUGCUGUGCUCUAUACUACUGAAGAAGAUAGGCGAGUUGACCCCCUGCGCUUUAGCGUUAUUACUAAACAGUUUUAAAAAACUAGAAAUGAAAAAAUAUGACACGAUGGAAUUAUUAACCAAUCAGUUUUGUCUGCAGAUCCAAAGGUGGACCUCCCAAGACAUAGCUCUGGUUGCUAAUUCGUUGGCCUUUUUUUACAUAUAUCAUAAAAUAUUUUGGAGAAAAUGCAUUUUAAAACUGCAAAAUGGGUAUUACUUUUCCCACCCGUUACAUUUAUGCCUCAUCAUAUCUGCGUUGGCCAGGCUGGACAUCAGAGAGGGGAACGUUUUACUUUCCCUAAGUAAAGGGGCCAAAAAAUACGCAAAACAGUUGAGCCCAAAUAAUUUAGCUCUGGUUAUUCAUUCCUUCGCCAAGUUGAAGUUUUGUCACCCCAAAUUUUAUAAUUACCUCUAUCAGUUUGUUCAUGCGUAUUUAGAUAGGCAGUUUUUCCUGGGGAGGUCUCACAGGAGUGGCCCCCUAAAUGAUGCAUCCCAAAUGGGGGGCAACCAACGCAGUGAAACGGGAAAAAGGGGGAGCCCCUCGGAGAGUGAGCAAAAUGUUGCAAUUGGGAAUUCUACUGUAAGUGGAAAUUCUACUGUAAGAGCAAAUUCGACUGAAAGUGCAAAUUCACACGAAGAAGAAAUAAGCCAGUUUGGUGAAUCCCCUGUUGGGGAGCACCCCCAUGUGCAGGCUGCACCAAACUGUGACGCCGUGGCUACUACGUGGAACGCGCAGGAGGGGGAGGAAGGGCCCCCUGGUUCUCUUCCCUCAAGGGGAGGGCAUGAAGAAGACGCUUACCACAAAGGCAGCAGGAGUAGCAGCGGGGGAGGCGACAGUUCGUGCGACACGCCGCUUAUGGGGAACCAUCAAAAGGGCCACUUCGACCUGCAGUCCCUCGUUCUUUUACUCUUCUCCUGCACAUGCCUAAUCACCUGCACGGAAAAAAUGAUCUUGAAGCUGACCUACCUGGUCCUACCUCUAAAGGACCACUUGGGCAGUCACAAAGUGGAAAAACUGAAAUAUGUAAGUGAGUACAUACAGUAUAGCUACCCAGAGACCUUUGCAAAAUUCCCCAAAGAAAUAAAAAUGUUCUAUCACUACAUUGAUACGUAUGAAAUUAAAAAAAAAAAAAAAGUGAAAUAUGGAGCAAGGUGGAUUAAUGAGCUAUCCAAAAUUCUAGCAAGAAUAAAUGUAAGUCAUUUAAAAAGCGUCUACAUCAAUCACAUAUGUGCAGAUAUAAUGCUGCCCGAUUCGCAGAUUGUCAUUAUGUGUUUAGGGCCAUAUAGCUAUUACGUAAAUUCGUUGGUGACCACGUCUACUUCCGAUUUGAAAAGAUCCAUUCUAGAGAAGAAAAAAUACAAAGUCAUCCCGCUGAGUUAUCACGAAUGGAACAAGCUGAAUGACUACGAGGAAAAGAUUCGCUUCCUCUACGCCUUCGGGAGGGGCGCGGCAAACUAUUUGCUCGCUAGCUCCAAAAGGGAGGCGGCAGACAAAGCGCAGUUGGACAGAAGCUGCCAAAGCGGCGGAGAAAGCGCAAUGGAGGGGGAACAGUUGGACCCAUGUCAUGGCCCCAUGGAUGCCCCAAUUGAUGAUUCCACGCAGCAGAGCAAAAAUUGUGUAAGCGAGCCAAACCAGCAAAGUUACACUUCCGAUGAGGAAGACGAAGUUAUCGAUUUUAUAAAAAGGGGAAUCAGCGUCGAUGAUGGGAAUGAAGAAGAUCCAAGUAGGGACCACGUCGAAAUGGAGGAGAUAAAGAAAUUCUUGGAGGUUGAGAAGUUGUGA